AUACAUUGCCAUUGACCAAUCAUCGCAGCGCUGCUACCGUCCCUGUUCUCUCCGACAAGAAACCCCGUAGCGGGACCAGGCGGAAGCCGCAAAUCUUAUCCAAAAUGGCGGGAGCUGAUGGAGACGACUCUCUCUACCCUAUCGCAGUGCUCAUUGACGAGCUACGGAACGAAGAUGUACAGCUCCGGCUGAACAGCAUAAAGAAGCUGUCCACCAUCGCCCUGGCCCUGGGCGUAGAGAGGACCCGCACAGAACUCCUCCCCUUCCUGACUGACACCAUCUACGAUGAGGACGAGGUGCUCCUCGCCCUGGCAGAGCAGCUGGGGAACUUCACCAUGCUGGUGGGAGGUCCCGAGUAUGUGCACUGCCUGCUGCCCCCCCUGGAGAGCCUGGCCACCGUGGAGGAGACGGUGGUGCGGGACAAGGCCGUGGAGUCCCUGCGCAAGAUCUCCCACGAGCACUCCCCCGUGGACCUGGAGGUGCACUUCGAGCCCCUGGUGAAGAGGCUGGCCAGCGGGGACUGGUUCACCUCCCGCACCUCCGCCUGCGGCCUGUUCAGCGUCUGCUACCCCCGCGUUUCCAGCACCGUCAAGGCCGAGAUCCGCCAGCACUUCCGAACCCUGUGCUCGGACGACACCCCCAUGGUGCGCCGCGCCGCCGCCUCCAAGCUGGGCGAGUUCGCCAAAGUCCUGGAGCUGGACUACGUCAAGAGCGACAUCAUUUCCCUCUUCACCGCCCUGGCCUCCGACGAGCAGGACUCUGUGCGCCUGCUGGCUGUGGAGGCGUGCGUCAGCAUCGCCACCCUGCUGCCCCAGGAGGACCUGGAGACGCUGGUGAUGCCCACCCUGCGCCAGGCCGCCGAGGACAAGUCCUGGAGGGUCCGCUACAUGGUGGCCGACAAGUUCUCCGAGCUCCAGAAAGCUGUGGGGCCAGAGAUCACCAAGAACGACUUGGUUCCGGCCUUCCAGAACCUUCUGAAGGACUGCGAGGCGGAGGUCCGGGCCGCCGCCGCCAACAAGGUGAAAGAGUUCUGUGAGAAUUUACCAGAGGACAGCAAAGAGACCAUCAUCAUGAGCCACAUUCUCCCCUGUGUGAAGGAGCUGGUAUCGGACACAAACCAGCACGUGAAAUCCGCCCUGGCCUCUGUCAUCAUGGGCCUCUCCACCAUCCUGGGGAAGGACAACACCAUAGAGCACCUGCUCCCGCUCUUCCUGGCCCAGCUGAAGGACGAGUGCCCGGAGGUGCGCCUGAACAUCAUCUCCAACCUGGACUGCGUGAACGAGGUGAUCGGGAUCCGCCAGCUGUCUCAGUCCCUCCUGCCCGCCAUCGUGGAGCUGGCCGAGGACGCCAAGUGGAGGGUCCGGCUGGCCAUCAUCGAGUACAUGCCACUGCUGGCAGGGCAGCUGGGUGUGGAGUUCUUCGACGAGAAGCUGAACUCCCUCUGCAUGGCGUGGCUGGUGGACCACGUGUAUGCCAUCCGGGAGGCGGCCACCUGUAACUUGAUGAAGCUGGUGGAGAAGUUUGGAGCAGAGUGGGCCCAGAACACCAUCGUUCCCAAGGUGCUGGGGAUGUCCAAUGACCCCAACUACCUGCACAGAAUGACCACCCUCUUCUGCAUCAACUCCCUGUCUGAAGCCUGCGGGCAGGAGAUCACUACCAAGCAGAUGCUCCCAGUCGUCCUGAAGAUGUCCAACGACCAGGUGGCCAACGUGCGCUUCAACGUGGCCAAGUCCCUGCAGAAGAUUGGCCCGGUCCUCGACAGCAACGCUCUGCAGACAGAGGUGAAACCCGUGCUGGAGAAGCUGGCCAACGAUCAGGACAUGGACGUGAAAUACUUCGCCCAGGAAGCCAUAAGCGUCCUCGCCCUGGCCUAAUGGAGCACGUCUGCGAGUCUGAGCACACAGCACCCCCCCCCCGAGACUCACCACACCUGUAUUUAUUGAUAUCCAGGAUCAACCGACUGCUUGUGAAACCACGGAGCUGUGAAAGGUUCCUUUCUGCUUGGGUGGCUGUAGAUGUUUAGGGGACGCAUCGGUGUACACGCUGUAAAUUCUGCUGCUUUCAUUCAGAAACAUCCUAGAUCCUUUGAACGUAAAAUACCGUGGACAGUCUCUCUUUCUCACACACACACAGCUCACGCACGCACGCACACACACACACACACACGCACGCACACGUAAUGGGAGAAUGACGAUUUGUGAUCCAUGUAAUGGUUGGGUGCUUAUAACAGGCCACCAGUCGCUGAUUUGAGAGUGGUUCGCUCUGCAGUAACAUAAAAUGAAUAAAAUAAUUUCUGUUUGGAAUCAGUCAGUGAUUGACAGCAUGUUGUAGCUCCUCCCACUCGGGAGAUUCAGGGAGCCUCAUUCCCCCAUUAGAGAGAUGCCGCCACACACAAAGGCACACACACACACCCUGACCCAUUCACUGGUCCUGGCUACAGAAGCAUGUGAUGGUUUCUGUGCCUUGUGUCUGUGGUCUUUUCUCCUGCUUGUUGGUUUUUGGCUGGUCUGCACCCCCCUCCCCCAUCAGUAUGUGUUUUUUUCAGUCCCAGUGCCUGUGACGGACACCUCUGCAGCUUUGGUUUUUCUCUUAGAGCUUUGCACUUGUCUCUGCAAGCAGAAAAACUUCUUUGACAGCUAGUAGCUGCCAGCACACAACAGAUUGAUCCCUUCCCUCCCCUAGCUCAGAUCUGCUCUCACCCAAGGUGUGAUAAGAAAGCUCCUGAGUAUUUAUGUGACUUUGUUCUGCAGAUUCUUCCAUCCCUCCCUAGGCACAUGCACACACACACAGCCCACCACUUUUCUGCAUCAGUCCUGUGAUUAUACGAGCCAUUUGCAGCUAAUAGCAUCAUGCCCCCCAUGAAAGAACUUUCACGCCUGGGACCAUUGCAGUGCGUUGCUGCAUUUCAGGGAGGUGGGGGGGGGGGGCUUUAAUUUUUCCCAGUUUCCAGUAUUGUAAAUCGUUUUCUCCAGACCCCUUUCAGACUGACCACUGGGGCCACCUCUAUACUCUGUGUAAACUUUGGUGUUCUUAGGUGGCACUGGCACCCAAAUGCCUUGUUGCCUUGGUCCUUGCCAGGUGUGGAAAGCAUUUGGUGGGUCCAUCACACACUUUUAAAAUUUAUUUCCCCUCUGUGUGCGGAUUUCUUUCUUUUAUGUUUGCAUGACUGCAGACGAUCUGAGUUUUUAAAAUGGUCUCCCUUUUGGGAUGUUCUGUCAGUUGGUCCUCUAUACACAUGAGGAGUGAGGACAUGUGUAAGAGAUGGACCCCCCCAUCCCCCCCUUCCCCUUAUCUGUGGCCAAGAGAACUAAAAUGGAUAGUACUGUCCUGGGGGUGGGGGGGGGGGGUUUAUGGGUAAUAUCUCAUUCAGGGUUCAGUGGGGUAGUAGUCAUUGCCCUCUUUAUGAAUGAAACAAAACUAACCUGCUUGCUGCCCCUGUCCUGACACAUUCCCCACCUCCAUUUGAUAGACUUUUCACCUUGAAUGUUCUGUGUCAUUAGAAUGUGCUUCGGUUUUGUAUUGAAUAAAAUAAUGCCUCCUCCACCAACUUCCCAAAGAUGGGACACUACUACUACUAUUACUUCUAUGUAUGAAGAGGGAAAUCUAAUAAAGUAAUACUUACAUGGUGA